AGGAGCUUUUGAGUACCCUUGACAAAUUGAAGCUGCAUGAAGAAAGCACCAGUGAAACCAACCUGGAUAAACUUUUAGAUCUGUUAUCCAAUGAGGAGGAAGAUGAUGCAGAAAAAGUGUUUAAGGAGCUUCUCCAGUCAGGCCUCCUUUCUGAAUUGCAUCAUGUUUUAACACAAGAUACUAAGAACAGUAAGAUCAAGGCAGCCCAGGUGGUGGCGGAGGUGGCUAAAGAAGAGAGUAUGCGGACCCCCUGUGUAGAGGCAGGCUUGAUUUCACCUUUGUUGCAGCUGCUAGAGAAGGAGAAUGUUGGUGCCUGUAUUCAGUCUUGCCGGGCACUGGGCAACAUUUGUUUUGACAAUGACACUGGAAGAGAUGCAAUGAAGGAAGCAGGGGGUCUGGCAAAGCUUCUGGAGUUUAUGAAAUAUCACCUGAGCACAACAGGAGAGCAAGAAAGUGAAUUGAGGAUGAUUCUUUGUGGCUGCCUAGUUAAUCUGACCAAUGCAAAUGAAAGCUUGCAGCUAUUGGCACUAGAGAGUGGAGCCCUUGAGCUUCUUAACCAGUACAUCAAGAGUUUCCAGGAUGAGAAAGAUGUUAUACAAAUGGCCCUUUUGUGUGUGGACUGCUUGGCAGACACGGACAAAGGUAAAGAGCUUCUUGAGAAGAUACCUCUGGUUUCCUCGCUGACAGAGCUGUUGGAAAUUGAUAGUAGUCAGGAACAGAAGGAAACUGUGCUGGAUGCACUAGCCACAAUGGCCGAGUCAGAUGCUGUUAAAAAAGAACUGGCUGCCACAAAAGCGGCCAAACACUGCACAACUAUCCUAAAGGAAAAAUGUAAACUGAGGGAUGACAAAAGUCAGCAGUUACUCAAACUGGCAGCAGACUUGCUUAUAUUGAUUCUUACUGGAGACGAGAGUGUAGAGAUAUUGUACAAUGAUGGGGAGGGAGAGAUUUAUAAGGAAACGCUCUCUUGGUUGAAGACGGGUAAUAUUGUCCUCCAAACUACAGCUGCUUUGGCCAUAGGGAACUUUGCAAGAAGUGAUGACCAGUGUUACAGACUGGUGCAUAGAGAUAAAAUUGUCCCAGACCUGCUUAAUCUCCUCACAGACUUAGAUGAAAUUGGAAUGAAUACUACGCUACACCAUGCGGUGCUAAGUACUCUAAGAAAUCUAGCAAUACCAGCUGAAAACAAGCCAAAGCUGAUUUCCCUUGGUCUUAUAGAAAAAGUUCUUCCCCUUACCUCUUCAGUAAUGACGCCAGUGAUCUUCAAAUUGCUUGGAGUGCUCCGGAUGUUAAUCGAUGGAGAAGUUUUAGCAGCCACCAAACUGGGUACUAAUAAAGAGUUUGUGGAGCAAGUGGUCUCUUGGUGUGGUAUGAAUGCUCACGAGGGGGUCAAAGGAGAAGCCAGUCGUAUGUUAGCCUGGAUGAUAAAGAAUUCCCGUAGGACGGAGGUAGCUUCUACUGUGUUGGAAUGUGGUGGACUUCCAUACUUGGUGCAGAUGAUAGUGUCAGAGCAUACAGUCAUGCAGAUGGAGGCAUUGGUUGCGCUGACACUAAUUUCAGCACUUAUCAUAGGGCCUGCCGAGGAACAGCUCCUGGCCUCUGACCUUAUCACCAACCUACGCCAGAUAUUGACUACUGGUGAUACUAAAAUGGAGAUCAUUCACAAUGCUUGUACCUUGCUGGGGAAAUUGGGAACAUCUGAACCAAUAAGAGCCAAGAUAGAAGAACAAGGUAUUCUGGAACAUCUUCCUGAGCUGGAGAGGAAGUCUUCGCAGUCGGGCAUACCAGCCCGGGCCAAGAUGCUCACCAAGCAACUCAGUACAGACCAAAUGCCUAUGAGCCCAUAGAGCUGUAACACAUUCAUAUUUGAGUUGUCUCAAUUUGCACAUUUUAAAUAUUUUGACAAGAUAUGUUCCAAAAAAGGAAAAAAUUUUAAACACUUAGUCUAAUAUUACAUUUUUUUAAAUGAUCCCAAUAUUUGUCUUUCUUUUUUGCAUUUAAACCCAUUUGAUACCUCUUUUUUAUGUGUCCUAUUGGGAGGCAUAUUUAUUUUUUUAUGUAUCCUUUUCAUUUUGGAAGAAUUAUUCAUUCCUGAUGUGUAUCAGUUUAGAGUGAAUAAGCUUAGAAUUUUAAACACACAUUAAGUACAUAGCCAACUUUUUAUUGAACUUAACUGAAGACAAGUAAUACUUUUUGAUAAUUUUUACAGAUAAAUGCCAUGAAUUUAUAUUGCAAAAGAAAAGAAACAUAAAAUUUACCUCCUGACAAACAUAACGCCUGCCAUUCAUCCUGACACAGUUUUAUAUUGUGCAGAUUCCAGAAAUAAGUACAAAAAUUGAGCUUACAGUUAUGGCGGUGGAAUUUGAAAAACCAUCACUUAAGCAUGGAUUAGUUCAAUUAUCUGAAUUUGUUACCGAGUUGUGGCCAGUGUCUGAAAACAAGGAUCAAGGUUGGUUAGUCAGAGAAAAACACCAUUUACCCCAGGAGAUUUUGUUUUGGAAAAUCCUACACAGUGCACCUUUAGCACUGUCUGGACCUUGUUUUUUAUCUGGUGUGAUUGUAAAUUAGACCUACAUGUAACAGUAAUCUUGUAUAAAGAUUAUAUUGAUAUUAAGACUAAUACAUAACCAGGACUUAAUUUUACUCUGCAUAUGUGGAAAUGAAUGCCAAUUAUGAUUUGCCUAAUAGGUGUGAAAUAUCUUGGUAAGACAGUACAGGGUAUUGAGAAAUAUAUAUAUCAUAGAUGGUUUGACCAAACUAAAUAAAUUUUUAUCAUUUUCAUAAGUGCAUCCUACAGCUAAGUUUUGUUUUAGUGCAGCACGCUGUGCUACUAAGUAUAUUUCUUAAACAUGUAUUAUUUUGUGGAUUUAGCAUUAUUUUAAUUAGGUAACUCCUUUAGAAAAAAAUGUGUGAAAUGAUAUAUUAAGUGAAAUAUAAUGAUCAGAUGUAUCAUAGUAAACCUCCUUUUAGCAGGUACUCGGAUAUUAUCUGGUUUGUAGUUUUUGCAAUAUAUGGGUCAGUUAAUUAUAUUAGUAAUACGCAAUAUUAUCUAUAAAUUACUAAUCUGGUGUGCUUGGCCUAAAUGGCUGCAUGCAGGAAUGUUAACUGCUUUGGAUAAAAAGCAUUUUUUUGAAGGUGUAUUAGGUGCAAAUUUUGCACCUAUUGUUAAUGAAAAUAACCAAAAACUUAAAAAUUAAUGUUUGAUCAGUAUUGCAAUUUUGCCAUUAUGUCAUGAUAGCACUCUUCUAAUCAUGUUCAAAACUUGGAAGUCUUUAACAAAAAUAACAGAAUGUCUCAAUUUUUAUCAGAAAAGUGUGCCAGGUAGUUGCAGAGUACUUUUCCAAUGAAGUUGUACGAUAUUAAUUAUACUAGUACUUACUAAAACAUCAUCGCGACAGACCACAUAUCUCAGGUGAAGUCAUUUGGUUAUGUGAAGGACUCUAGAGAAAAAUAUUAACUUGGUGCUAUACAUUAGACAUAGUAUUUAACUGGAGUGUAAACCAGGCUGACUUUGAACCACAGGUGUGCAAUUUUAAGGUCAAGUUCUUUGCCAUGAUGCUAUUUGAUGACCAUCGUGUGUCAGUGUCAUUAUUCCUUAUUGUAAUUAAUUAAUCCAUGAUUAAUCAUUAUACAUUUUUCAUAUUGAUGGCAUAAACAUGUACUUCUGUA